AUGUCUCCCUCCGCAAUCACAUCCGCAGACUAUACGUCUGGGCUCGAAAACGAGUCGACUAUAACUCUUCAAGCGGCAACGGAGAUCAGUUCUAGCCAGUUCUAUGACUCCAUCAAGCCACUUCCCUUAGUCCACACAGUCGAAAUCUUCGAGGAUGAUCCCAUCACAGUUCCUAGUGUUGAAGAGGUUACUGUCGUGGCAUCAUCUGAAGAUGAUACUGUAGACAAGGUCGACGGACCGCUACGGCUUAGUGACAUUGUCACUAGUGUCCGCGAACCGACAUCUGGUGCUAAGAAGCUCCGCAAGAUGAUAUUCGAGACUGGAGAGCUUAUCGUCUGCCCUGGGGUAUACGAUGGUCUCUCUGCUCGUACCGCUAUGGAACUAGGCUUUAAUGCCAUGUAUAUGACUGGUGCAGGUACUACGGCGUCACGCAUCGGUCAGCCAGACUUGGCCAUUGCUCAGCUACACGAAAUGAGAGAGAACGCCGAGAUGAUCGCCAACCUUGAUCCAUUUGGUCCGCCAUUGAUUGCUGAUAUGGACACUGGAUAUGGCGGACCUAUCAUGGUUGCUCGUACCGUGGAGCAGUAUAUCCGUGCCGGAGUAGCUGGUGCCCAUCUUGAAGAUCAAGUCCUCACCAAGCGUUGCGGUCAUCUGAGUGGCAAGAAAGUCGUGCCGCAAGAAGAAUACAUCUCACGCAUCAGGGCCGCCCAUGCGGCACGCGUGCGAUUGCAAUCUGACUUCGUGCUCAUUGCGCGGACUGAUGCCCUUCAAUCGCUCGGGUAUGACGCGUGUAUUUCACGACUACGCGCAGCCCGAGACGAAGGCGCAGAUGUUGGUCUGCUCGAGGGCUUUACAUCCAAGGAGCAAGCAGCCCAGGCUGUCAGAGACCUAGCACCAUGGCCACUCCUACUGAACUCAGUUGAGAACGGAAAGAGCCCCGUUAUCACCGUCGAGGAGGCUCACAAGAUGGGCUUCCGCAUCAUGAUCUUCAGCUUUGCGACACUGGCACCCGCAUACGUCGCCAUCCGAGAGACCCUUCUCCGUCUAAAGGGCGAGGGCGUGGUCGGCACGCCGAAACACAUCACGCCUGUGAAGCUUUUCGAGGUCUGCGGGCUACAGCAUAGUAUGGCAGUAGAUAUGGACGCUGGAGGCACAUCCUUUAUGGGAGGACUGUAA